AUGGUCUUGACGACCGGUGGGCGCUAUACGCCCAGCCCCGAACCCGCCUCGGCGCUGUUCGUGCGGGCCAUGUACGACUACGAUGCCGACGACCCGACUAGUCUUAGCUUUCGUCGAGGCGACGUGAUCCAGGUGCUCAAUCAGCUCGAGACCGGAUGGUGGGACGGUGUCAUUAACAACAACAUUCGGGGCUGGUUCCCGAGUAAUUACUGUGCCGUUAUCGAUGACCCCAGCGAACUGCAGGAUCACAUUCCGCUCGACCUUCACGAGAUGGGCGAUGGACACGCUAGUGCCGACUCCGGGGCCGGCGAGGCCUAUGACGACGGACACGAUGAUGACGAGGUGGACUCGGUGGGCAACCCGCGCGAUUCGGCGCCCAUCCUCCCCAUCGAGGGGACCGUUGCCCCGAAGGAGCAGGAGGAGGCCGCCUUCUGGAUCCCGCAGGCCACCCCCGACGGACGGUUGUUCUACUUCAACACUCUCACCGGCUACAGCACCAUGGAAUUGCCCUUCGAAAACCCGGCCGCGAAUGAGACCGGCCCGUACGAUCGCAAUAACUUCUUCGUGCCCGACCAGACCCGGCCCCCGCCCGAGCUGAUGGCUCGCGGCUUCGAGCGUGACGAGGACGAGUACGACGGGUCGGCGUCCGAGGCUGAGGGGGAGUCGUUGAUGGUGGCCUCUCACGAUUCCAUGUCCCGCCGGCGGCAGUCGUUCAUGGAUGGCGUAUCGCCCGCAACGUCCAUGGACUCUCUGCACCCCCCGUCGACGAUGGCCAAGGCUACGGGCCACCACUCGAAUCGCAGCCAGCCCAAGAUUUACGCCUCCCAUGGCCCCAGCAACAGCACCACCUCGCUCUCCGAAACCUACCACCGGCCCUCCGUCUCCUCCGAGGUUCCCUCCCACUUUGUGGACGAUGCGGCCUCGACCCCCCUGACCUGGCCGUUGCUCGUGGACAACAUGCACCAUGCGAUCGAAGCGUAUCGCCAGACGCUGUUGAGCGGCGACCGCUCCGAGUAUGUCCGGAAGGCGGAAGAUAUUUCCGACCACUUGCGCAUGUUGCUGGCCGCGGGAUCCGACACCACCGACAACCACUCGGGGAACCCGUCCAUCAUCUCCACGAACAAGGCUCUGUACCCCCACUUCCGGGAUAUGAUGUCCAAGUUCUCCAAGCUGGUGUUGUCGUCUCACAUCGCCGCGGCCGACUGGCCCGGCCCGGACUCCGCCCACAAGUGCCUGCAGGAAGCGGAUGGCGUCAUGCAUGGCGUCUACGGGUAUGUGGAUGUCGCACGGAAGCAGCGCGGCGAGGCCAUCCAUCGCGUGGUCCCCGGCUUCGUGAUGGGUAGUUUCGCGGGCGGUUGCUGGCAGAGCAACGGCGUGUCGCUGAACGGCUCGGGCCCGACCUCAUUUUUGGACCAGGACCCCGAGGACUCCCGCGCCGAGCCGUCCACGCCCCUCGACCUCGCCGUCCUGGACCAUAUCGACGUGCUCCGGAAGGCCCUCGUGGGCAGCAUCCGUCGCCUAGAGGAGCGCUUGACCCUCAACCAGAAGAAGAUCGUCACCGCCAUGACCCACCGGGAGAUUGGCGACUCCGUCUCGGCGGCCGCCAUCAAAGUCGUCGAACAGUACCGUCCAUGGGUCUCGGCCGUGGAGUCGGUCAACCUGGCUCCGCUGGGGACCAGCUUCCAGAACCCGCAGCUGGUCGAUUACGGCCUGCAGAAGCAGCGGGUGUACGAUGCGAUCGGUGACUUCGUGCUGAGCUGUCAAGCGAUCGCGGCGCCUCUGGGUGAUGAGUGGGCCGAACUGCGGGGCGACUCGCUGGACGACCGCCUGAACGCCGUUCGCGGCGUAGCCCGUCAGCUGGAGAAUUACGUCUCCCAGAUUGGGUUCUCGCUCUCGCUCCUUCUGGAGCAGAUCCCCGAACCGGCGACCGUCUUGCGCAGCGACAGCCGCCUGGGCGACACCCCCGAGGGAUCCAAGGCCCAGCACGGCCGCGGGGAAUCGAAAUCCGGCAACGGCCCGAUGGGAUUGCCCUCGUCCUUCUCCCCCGAGCCGCCAUCGGAUAAGGUGCGACGCAACAUGAACAAGGCGCAGCGGUUCUUUGGGCAGGCCCCGCCGACAGCUAUCACCCGGGAACCGAUCCGGGAGCCCGUGCGCGAGCCCGAGGAGACGCCCUGGUACCUGAAGAUGGACCACGAAGGCGAGGUGUUCUACGACACCAAGAACGACGUGCCGACCCUGAAAUGUGGCACCCUGGGUGGUCUGGUGGAGCACCUGACCCGACAUGACAAACUGGACGCCUCGUUCAACAACACCUUCCUCCUGACCUACCGUUCCUUCACUACGGCUUCGGAGCUCUUCGAGAUGCUCACCCAGCGAUUCAACAUCCAGCCGCCGUUUGGCUUGAACCCGGACGAGAUGCAGAUGUGGGUGGAUCGGAAGCAGAAGCCCAUUCGAUUCCGUGUUGUCAACAUCCUGAAGAGCUGGUUCGAGCACUUUUGGAUGGAGCCAAGCGAUGAGACCAACAUGCAACUCCUCGACCGGGUUCAUUCCUUUACCCGAGAUUCCAUCGCCACCACCAAGACGCCGGGUUCGCCCCAGCUCCUGACCGUCGUCGAGCAGCGCAUCCGGGGCCAAGACACCACCGCUAAGCGGCUGGUUCCCACGCAGGCGACCGCGGCUCCGACUCCCAUCAUCCCGAAGAACAUGAAGAAGCUGAAGUUCCUCGACAUCGACCCGACCGAGUUCGCUCGCCAGCUGACGAUCAUCGAGUCGCGCCUCUACUCCAAGAUCCGACCGACCGAAUGCCUGAAUAAGACGUGGCAAAAGAAGGUUGCGCCAGGGGAGCCCGAGCCGGCGUCGAACGUCAAGGCCCUGAUUCUGCAUUCGAACCAAUUGACUAAUUGGGUGGCCGAGAUGAUCCUCGUCCAGUCCGAUGUCAAGAAGCAAAUCUCUCGUCUUGAGGCACUGAAGGAACAGCGGGCCCCCACACUCCAAUUGAUUGAGAGACACCGGAGCCUCAUCACGGAGCGCGACGCCUUGGCGACCUCCAGCCAAGACGCGUCCCGGCUCAUGGCACGCGGAGUCAAGGGAGAGAGACGUGACCCUGGAAAGCUUCUGAGAGAAGAGAAGAUGAGAAAGCGAAUCGCGAAGGAGCUGCCCAAGGUGGAGGCCGACCUGAGGAAAGAAUUGGAGCUGUGGGAGGACGAGUUUGGACGCCCGUUCUUGGUUCACGGAGAGAGGUACCUGGACGAUCUCACUCCAGUCAUCGCCAAGCCCCCACCGCGAUCCAAGUCGGCUGCGUCUGGAAGUGUGAGAGGGAGCGCUCAAAAAGCCCAACCACCGGCUCGACCGGCUAGUGUCAUGAGAGCCCCGCCGCCUCCUCGCUCCGCCACCAAGACCCCUACCGGACAUAGCUCGACGACCAAAUACAAUACAAUUGGACCUUCUCGAGGAGGCGCAAAGUCUCCGUCGAAGAUCCCCAGUCGGGUCCCACUGGGAAAUAUCCCCCAUGCGAACAACUCUCCGGACCGACGGGGCGGUCCAGGCACCUACUCUUCCAGUACGAUGAACGCGAAGACUCGUGCGCCACCACCACGGAUGCGCGCCUUGACCGGUGCAGAUUCCAAGGACAACAGCUAUCUCUUUGAACCCCCGCGAUGCGCCAGUGCCCUAUCGAGUAGCACUUUUGUUCGUCCGGUCAGUCCCGAAGAUGUUUAUGACGAUCGUAACCAGCGGUCGUUUAUGAGCUCUUCGAUCUUCUCUCAGCGAUCUGCCGGUCAGUCAUCGCACUCGUCGGCCUCGUCCCUCUCCUUGAACUCGACGCAAGCGUUCCCGCGACCAAACCCAUACCUGCAGAAUAAACCCCCGCCCCCAGCCCCCAGACAGGUCUCCAACUCCUCGACGAUCGACACCGCCAAUGGGGGGUCGGAGAAUUGGGAGACGUUCGACGACGGGUCCGAGUCUGAAGCCGAUGCUAGUGAUGUCUACUACGCCAAGGUGCGUGCCGCACAUGGAAAGCGACUGGCCCCUGAAGACCAGCAGGGUCUCUCCCUAGCAGGGAAAAAGGCCAGGGGCAUUCGCAGUGUCAGUCCCGAUGGGCCGCAGGCCAGUCGCAGCGGUAAUAUUAUGCGAGUGGCCAGCGGGGAAUGGACAGAUGAGAUGGAGUCUUACUAA